AUGGGUCAAGAAGCAUAUCUCGCAGAGAUGUCAUUCUUCAAUGAUAGAAAGAGAUGUCGAGACGAACCCAAUACCGACGAUGAUAGCUCGACGCCCAGUACAUCAAAGAGACGGAGGCCAGACGAGGACUUUGACAGUGACGAUAGAGGAUACCAGAAAGACCGCAUUCCGGGCACGUUCUCACAUGAGGACUACACAGUUGGCUGGAUCUGCGCGCUCCCUAUCGAGAUGGCCGCGGCAAAAGCGAUGUUGGACAAUGUUCACGAGGAGCUUCCACAUGAUCGAAAUGACCCCAACACGUAUAUCUUGGGGAAUAUUGUCCUGCAUAACAUUAUCAUUGCGUGUCUGCCGUCGAGCCAUUAUGGUACAAACAACGCGGCGACCGUGGCGAGCGACAUGCGCCGCAGCUUCCCUUCUAUUCGCGAAGGCCUGAUAGUCGGCAUCGGUGGGGGGCUCCCCGGAAAAGCCGACAUCCGACUCGGCGAUGUUGUGGUCGGCGAUAAAGGAGUGGUGCAAUUUGACAUCGGCAAAGAGGUUGGAGAGAGUCAACUAAAACGAACAGGUACUCUGAACAAACCUCCACAUGCGCUCCUGACAGCCGUCGCCAAAUUGCGAGCCGAGCAUGUAUCAAAACCCAGCCAAAUACCGUCUAUCCUUUCAAAGAUGCAUGAAAAGUGCCCUCAAAUGACUGAAUACACCCACCGCGGAUCACUGCAAGAUCGUUUAUUUGAUGGUACAUAUGACCACGUUCGGCCGACGGAGGGCUGCGAGCAUUGCGACACAUCCAGGUUGGUGAACAGACCCGCCAGACGCAACGCCAAUCCGGAGAUCCAUUACGGAGCCAUCGCCUCUGGAAAUCAAGUCAUGAAGCACGGAAGGACCAGGGACCAGCUGGCGCAAGAACUCGGUGUCAUAUGCUUCGAGAUGGAAGCGGCAGGAGUAAUGAAUAGCUUCCCGUGCCUGGUCAUCCGCGGAAUUUGCGACUAUUCAGACUCUCACAAGAACAAGCAAUGGCAAGAGUAUGCAGCAGCUACGGCUGCGGCAUAUGCAAAAGAGCUUCUCUCCGUCAUACCUACUAAUGGGGUCAAGAAGAUGUCAAAGGUCCUUUCAGCUGACCCAGAUCGCCAAAAGCAUCUCUUGAAGUCUCUGAAGUUUGAGCAAAUUGAUGCUCGCCGUGCAGGCAUCAAGCCCAAUCAUGGAGAGACAUGCCGGUGGCUGUUGAAACAUUCCGAUUAUCUGGACUGGCUCGAUCCGGAAAAAGCCGCGGAGCACCACGGCUUUCUAUGGAUAAAAGGGAAACCCGGAGCUGGGAAGUCAACGAUCAUGAAUUUUGCCUAUACACAAGCGAUGAAAGCCAAAGCGGGCACAGUCAUUUCGUUCUUCUUCAACGCAAGAGGCGAUAUUUUAGAGAGGUCGACUGCUGGGAUGUAUCGUUCUCUACUUUUUCAGCUCCUGAAUGCGCUACCAAGGCUCACCGAGGUAUUCAAUGGGUCAGAACACAAGAAUAUGGUCGACGAAUUGUACGAGACUAUCAUGAAUCAGAGCGCAAAUCCUGAGUGGCAAGUAGGGGUACUCCAGGGCUUGCUGCGGAGUGCAAUAGCGAUGAUCGAUCAACAACCUUUGAUGAUCUUUGUUGACGCUCUUGAUGAGUGUGAAAUGGAGCAAGUGGAGGAGAUGGUGGAGUUUUUUGAGGACUCCGGAAAGUCCGCUGUCUCAAGCGGAUCACAACUGAAGAUAUGUUUUUCUAGUCGCCAUUAUCCACAUAUCGACAUCCAGUACGGCCGAAAAUUGAGCCUGGAACUUCAGGAGGGACACGAAAAGGACAUUGCCACUUACAUCCAAAGCAAGCUCAGAGUUGGGAAAAGCAAAACUGCCGAGGAAAUCAAAACCAAGAUGCGAAACAAAGCAGGCGGCAUCUUCAUGUGGGUUGUUCUAGUGACUGGUAUUCUCAACUCUGAAUAUAAAGGUGGCCGCAUUUUCGAUGUGAGGAAGCGCCUUGAUGCGAUACCAACCAAGUUGAGCGACCUCUUCAGGGAGAUCCUAUGGAGGGAUCAGAAAAACCUGAGAGAUCUGCAGCUUUGCAUUCAAUGGAUUAUUUUUGCGAAACGUCCGUUGAAGCUGGAAGAGUACUACUUCGCAGCCGUAUCUGGAUUGAGUCCGGAUGAAUUGUGCGAAUGGGACCCGGAGGAUAUCACCAGAGAAGACAUGAGCAGAUUUGUCCUUAGUUCUUCGAAGGGACUUGCAGAGACAACCAAGUCCAAGAGUCCGACAGUUCAGUUCAUCCACGAGUCAGUGCGGGAGUUCUUCCUGAAAGAUGGCCUGCAGGAGUUGUGGCCCGACCUCAUAGCAGACUUUCAAAGUUUUAGCCAUCUUCAAUUACAGCAGUGUUGUCAAGCAUAUCUCAAGCUCGAUAUCUCCGCCUAUGUGCCCUUCGGAACGCCCCUCCCCAAGGCAUCCUCUGAUCCAGCAAAAAAUCUGCGAAGCUCAGUUUUAGACAAGUUUCCGUUCCUUGAAUACGCAACUCGCCAUGUUCUCUUUCACGCCAAUGCUGCUGCGAAUGGAUUUCCACAGAAUGAGUUCCUGGAAACCUUUGAGCUCGGCCCUUGGAUUCAUCUCGAUAACCUCUUCCAAAUAUAUGAUAUCCGCCGCCACACGCCAUAUGCAAGUCUUGUGUACAUUCUGGCGGAGAACAAUCUGGCAAAUCUGAUUAGCACAGCACUACUCUUCGACUCGAGAAUCGAUUUUCAAGGGGAACGACAUGAUUAUCCUCUUUUCGCUGCCUUGGCUAAUGGCCAUAAAGAUGCCGUCAGAGCACUCUUACAGAAUGAGGCAAGCUGUCCCGAAGACGACAUCUCUGCGCCGUUGGAGUAUGGGAAUGCUUUAACGUAUCACAAGAGUCAAACGCCACUAUCAUGGGCCGCCCAGCAUGGGCACGAAUCCGUUGUCAGGCAAUUACUCACUAGAGAUGGAGUCGACGUUAACACGAGGGAUAAAAUCAAUUACACGCCGCUAUUGUGGGCUGCCAAGAAUGGACACGUUGCCGUCGUAGAGCAGUUACUCAGUCGAGGCGAGGUCGAUGUUAAUCCGAAGGAUGUACAUGGCCUGACACCGCUAUCGUUGGCUGUUGCGAACGGGCAUGAAUCUGUCGUUGACCUUUUACUCGCCACAGACGCUAUCGACGUCGAGAUAAAGGACAGCUUUAACCAGACACCGCUAUUGUUGGCCGCCCGGAAUGGGUACGAGGCUAUCGUUAAGCAAUUGCUCGCCCGACACGGUAUCGACGUCGAUAGUCAGGACAGCUUCGGCCAGACAACGCUAUGGUGGGCCGCCCGGCGUGGGCACGAGAGUAUGGCCAAGCUAUUGCUCGACACGGGUAAGGUCGAAGUCAACGCGAAAGAUGAUGACAGCCAGACGCCGCUGCUGUGCGCCGCCAUGGAAGGGUACGAGGCUGUGGUUAAGCUAUUGCUUGACACAGGCAAGGCCGAUGUCAACGCAAAGGAUAAAUAUGGGCGGGCGCCGCUAUCAUGGGCAGCCCGGGAGGGUCGCGAGGCCAUCGUUAAGCAACUACUCGCUAGAAACGAUGUCAACGUCUCCAUCAAGGAUAGAUAUGGCCAGACACCACUCUCGCUGGCUGCCGCACAAGGGCACAAAUCUAUCGUGGAGCAGUUACUCGCCACAGACACUGUCGAUAUCAACAUGAAGGAUGGUAGCUAUAGCCGGACGCCGCUAUCUUUGGCUGCCGUGAAAGGACACGAAUCUGUAGUUGAGCACUUACUCACCAGAGACAAUAUCGACGUCGACACGAGCGACAGCUAUGGCCUAACGCCGCUUUCGUUAGCUGCCGCGAACGGGCGCACAUCCGUCGUUGAGCAGUUACUCGCUAGAGACGAUGUAGACGUCAACGCGAAGGAUAGCCGCUAUGGUCGGACACCCCUCUCUUUAGCUGCCGAGAAUGGUUAUGAAACCGUGGUUAAGCAGUUACUUGCUAAAGAUAGUGUCGACGUCGACACGAAGGAUAGCUUUGACCGGACACCACUAUCGUGGGCCGCCGAGAACGGACAUGAAUCUGUCGUUAAGCAAUUACUCGCCAGAGACGGUGUCAACGUCGACGCGAAGGAUAGAUAUGGCCAAACACCGCUAUCGUGGGCCGCCGAAAACGGGCACGGAAAAGUGGUUCAGCUAUUAGUCGAUAAUGGCAAGACCGAUAUUAACGCGAGAGAAAAUCAUGGUCGGACGCCGCUGCUUUGGGCCGCUAUGAAAGGGCAUGAAACUGUGGUGAAGCUAUUACUCGACACGGGCAAGGCUGAUAUUAACGCGAAGGAUAACGACGGCCAAACGCCGCUGCUGUGGGCCGCUAAGAACCGGCAUAAGGCUGUGCGCAGGCUGCUUCAAUCAACGAAAUAG